AAAAAAAUAUUCCGAGGUCAGGUGUGUAAUUCGAGACGAUGGAGAGGGGCUCCACGGAAACCACCACCGUGCACAAGGACAUGGACAUUCCUCUUGCCACCACCGACGGCACCCACGUACUGCCGCUCCCUGCGAUGCACACAUUAGUGGAGAUCCGAAAGGCGUUGAUGACACCCUUCCUCCCACCGACGAAACGAGCUGCCCGUGUCAAGUGUAUCGUCGAACACGAUGCCCAGUUCCUCAAGGAGCUUCUUCGUGUCGCCGAUCAAUGCCUCGACCUUGAUGAUGACGAAAGCAUGGAAAUUCUCUUCCAGAUCACAAAGUCUUUGAUUGAACUCUGCGACUCGACCGUGCUGCAACUUCUCUUGUCGGACGCGUUCUUUCUCGACGUCGUCGGCAUCUUGGAAUGCAACCCCCACACGAUCCGAAAGAUGUGUUUUCGUAAGGAUCUGUCGGCGCACAUGACGUUCAACGAGGUUAUCCCAAUCACGGAACCACAAGUCGUGCAGGCCAUACAUUUAAACUACCGUAUUGACGCGAUCAAGGACAACAUCUUGUCCCGCACGCUCGCGGACGGUUGCACGAUUUGGCUCGAGUCCAUCGUGAACGAGAACAACAUUUCGAUUCUCACGUAUAUAUCCAACCACGAAGACUACAUGGUGAAGCUACGAUCCCUCGUGGCAGACCCUGCGACAGAAUCCACUGGUCUCUUGCUUCUCCAAAAUGUCAUGCGACUGAUUCAGGUCACCCAACCGCCAUCCCGAGGUGUACCUCGUGUUCCCCACAUGCUCAAAGCUGACUACUCGGGCAUGAACCCUGUGUUUGGAUCACUCCACCAUGCACUCUUCCCCACGACGCUCCUCCCGACCUUCGCCUCAAUCUUGACGCGGCCCAACGACGCCAAUCGUCUCUUGGUUUUGGAAAUGCUCCAUCAUCUCGUGCUGUUCCAAAAUGGAGAUCUCCUCCGCGUCUACAUGGCCGACGAACGCAACUGCGACCUCUCCCUCCCCUUCUCCCUCACGUGGGAACCAAACCAAUCGCUCCUCCUUGCGAUUCUCGUCGCAUUCGUCCAAACCGAGGCCGCGCGCGGCGGCGUCUUGGACAUCCUAAAGCACCUCUUCCACGUCGUUCCUGGCCGCGAUGACAAAUUCCUGCACAUGUUGUAUCAUGGCAACUACAUGCAGUGGUGGCUCCACCUCCUCGGCCUCCCCGACCAGACCGGCCACCUGUACGAGCUGCACGCCUCCGUGUGGGAGGUCCUUACGAUGUGCGUAUCGCACCACGGCUACCGCAUCAAGUACUUGCUGGCAAAGCUCCCGAUGGCCCAGUAUGCGACGGACGCGCUCUUGAGCGGCAACAAGCUCCGCAUUCUGCACGUUGCGGCAUUCCUCAAAGGGUGUGUCUUGCGCAACGAAACUUUCUACAGCAACAUGGUCGCGACGCCGGCAAUCUGGGACGCCAUCCUCGACUUGCUCCAAGUGCGUACGAAGAACCCGUCCGCGGUCGUAUCGGCUUUGCUCGACAUGAUCAUGGCCGCCGAGGCGCACAACUGCCGCAUGAUCAUGGAACACAUUGUGAACCAUGCCAAGAUCACACUCCUGGAAGCGGCAUACUCGGGGGUUGUGGCUUCUAUCAAAGCAAAACUGUCGGACGGACAACCCGAACUCCACAAUGGACUCACGAUUCAGGAGGAAGAACGGUACUGGGCGCACGACGAGCAGACGAUGGUCGUGGUGGUGGACGAGGUCGACGACGACGUACUGUCCGACACCAGCAAAGUUGCGACACCAGAGGAUGAAGGACCUGCACUAUCCCCGCCACCAUUGAUUCCCCUGCAAGACCGCGAAGAGACUGGCAUUAUUGCGAGUCCUGCCGGGAGUAGACUGUCCAAGAAGCAAGUGAAGAGCAUGUUCUCGGCCAUCCAGUGGAGCAGUCCUUCGAAGAAACAAAAGGUAGACUAAUAGUCUUGUUGAAUACAUGAGAUAUUUAAUGCCCA